AUGCCUAGUUUUUGGAAAGAACAAUCAAGCAGCGCCGAGGAUAUGCAAGAAGAAGAUAUGAAUAAUUACAAUGGGUUACAGUCAUUGACAAAACCCGAACUAUCGCGAUCCAGCUGUUUUUCUUCACAAUCAAUAAGAUCAUUCUUGAAAAAAUCCCGCCUUUACGCCGAUGACACCUUGAGAGAAAAACUCAAUUCCCAAAGAAGAAACGAUAGAAACGGAUGCUCAAACGUCAUUAAUACCAUUUUGAUACCUGCUUGGAGUGAUCGUUUGGAAAUGAUCCAGUACUGUGAUGAGCAGGCCAAAAAGGUAAAGAAGGAGAUUGAUGAUUAUAAUAUCCAUGAUGAAGCCAAACAGCAUCCCGAAUUCAACCUACGGGUGAAUCCUUACGCAGAAGAAGAUUUUGAAGAUCUCAAGAACAAACGUUACGAAAGUGUUUACCGCUUGCAAAACUGGGUCCAGAACGAAAUCGUGGUGGAAAAAAUUGUCGUUGGGAAGUCCUUGGAGAUUUUGAACGAUAGAUGUCCAAGAGAAUCAGUAAAGCAGUUGCAAAAUGACUUAAAAAGUGAAAACUUUAGUAAAUUGGAUCUCUAA